AUGCAGUUGGGGUCGCCCUCUUGGGUUCCACAGGGUUGGUGGACACCUGCGGCUGCCGCAUCAUCGCCGAAUGCCAAAUUGACCACAUUCGUCGAAUCUGAUACCUCUCGUUGGGCGGGUCAAAUCUCUCAGCUCAGUCCUCCUCCGUCUAUUUUCCUUUCGGCAUUGGGGACAACCCGUAGCCAAGCUGGUGGGCUAGAAAACCAGUACAAGCUCGACUUGGGUCUUAAUAUCGAGUGCGCCAAAGCAGCUCGUGAGGCUGGUGCGAAAGUUUAUGUACUUCUUUCGAGCUCUGGAGCGAAUUCGUCAUCCAUGGUGCCAUAUGUGAAACUCAAGGGUCAGUGUGAGGAAGCAGCAAAGGAACUGGGCUUUGAACACACUGUCAUCGUACGGCCAGGCCUGAUUGUAGGUCAGCGCGAGGAAAGCCGCCCAGCAGAAGCGGCUUUACGAUUUCUCGCUUCUUCAUUCGGCAAGCUACACUCAUCACUGAAAGAUAGCUGGGCACAAGAUGCAGAUGUCAUCGCUAAGGCUGGCAUAAGCGCCGGGCUAAAAGCUCUCGCCGGUGACGUUCCUGCUGGAAGUGAGAAAGUCUGGAUUCUUGAACAAUCGGAUGUUCUCCGUUUGGGACGCGAAGAGUGA